UUUGACAUUUUUUACUUCAUCUCGGGAAUCGUCAGAGUCUUGUGAUCAGUUUCGAAGCAGUUUGUGGAAAUUUGCGAAUUUUUGCUGGAGAAAAGUGCAAAAUUCUCAUUUCUUAGGCAGAUAAGUCUUUAAUCGAACUGCAACAAUGCCGAUCUGUGGACCAAAACUGUCUCUUUGCGGACUGAUUGUCUCCGUUUGGGGUAUCAUCCAGUUGCUGCUGAUGGGUGUCUUCUAUUAUAUCCACAGUGUGGCCCUGAUCGAAGAUCUUCCUCUGGAAGACCAUUAUCCAACUCCGCAGGAGUUUUACGCCGCAGCUGAUCGGGCUUAUAGUCAGAAUGCUUACAACUGCUGGAUCGCUGCAUGCAUCUACGUCUUGACUCUGGUGGUUUCCGGCCAGCAAUUCUACGCCAAUAGUCGUUCAACUGUCGCUUAAGCAGAUGAUUCGUUCAUUUGCAUAAUUUAUCUUCAAAAACAGUCAACUCCGGUUACUUUUAUUUGAUUUACAAUUGUACAUAAGUUGUCUUUCUAUUAAUUUUCAAAAUGACUGUUUUUGUUCUCGUAAAGUCACCAAUAAAAAUAUAAACUGGAACCACA